AUGUCGAAGCCAACGCUGGUUCAGAGCCUGCUGAACAGACCCUCCCAAACUUAUUCGACACCUAUCCAGUCGAAGAAGGAGUACUACUCUACGAGACGGGAAAUGUUGCGCAUAGCACAGGAUGCGGGUGUUCGGCCUGCAAUAAUGACGGGACCGAGCGCGAAAGCAAUGGGAAGCCAAGCUACGACGACACCCCGUGUCCAGACUGGCUCUCACCUAGAUGGAGCGAACCCUAAGGCCCCUCCUCAAAGCACGGUCGUCCCCUCGACAACUAAUUCACAACCAGUUAACGGCCAUAUGACUCCCGGACCUUCGAAGCUUUCGUUGGAGCCUCCAACUCGGGCUCAGCACCCCGUGAAGCCUGUCCCGAUCAUAAGACCCAAUCCCAGCUGGGAGGAAGACGAUAACGCAGGCGAUUCAGACCUCGAGGUGUUCUUCACUCCGAACACGUCUCCGCGCACCUCGAUGGCCUCCUCAGUCGCCACCAUUACAUUUCCUUCAGGGAGAAAACCCAGUCGGAGAUCUCUUCGCAACGAUGCCGCCGAACAUCUACCCACUGCUGGACCAUCAUCGUCAUCAGCGCAUCAGCUCCCUCCAUCUUCUCUGCAGGCGUCCAAACCCACUCCGAAAACCAAUAGUACUACUUCAGUGCAAUCUCGACCGUCUCCUUCUCAGAGUCCAUUUACAGCCGUCCCCUCGACACGGACACCCUCCAAUUCAACCGCAAACAGCACGAGGGCUAUACAUGCCCUUUCAGCGACAUCCAGCAUCUCGUCUACCAGUCUCGAUGGUCACUCCCUCUUUUCAGAUUUCCUCGACCCCGGCUCUACUGAAUCCACUUUAUUAACCACACCUUACCAGAGCGACUCCGGCGAAAUGACAUCCUCGAACACAAAGGCAAGAUUGGGAACAAUUGCGACGACCAGACCUGCUGCUGCAGCGUCCUCCAGUACCACGAGGCAGUCGUCUACGUCUGCAGGUGUCAAGCGGAGAAACGCAGAGGAUUCUGUCAGGGAUGUCAGGUUGGAUAUCCCUCCUGGAACGUCACCCCCGAAUAGAAAGUCACCUAUACCGGAUUCCUCCAAGGUCCCGACGUCUAGAAAGUCUAAAUCUGGCACUACUACUCAAGUGAACGGAAAGGUCUUGACGCCGCCCUCCGGGAUCGUACAGCAACCCGGACAAGGGAGAAAGGUUGCUGCAUCCACUUUGCAGGGCCUUACUUAUUCUGGUCGUGCAAGCGGAGCGCAGGUAGGGGCUGCUGGCGGAUCAACCGCAAAUGGAUCUGCGAAAGGGAAGGAGAGCGAGCCGUUAUCGAGAACCUCUUUGCCUCAUGUACCAAACACCUCUCUUUCAGUGAACAGAACUCCCCGAAAGACGCCGCAUACCUUCUCUGCAUUUGCUCCUGUCGGUUCUUCAUUUCCGUCUUCUUCGACCGCAACCUAUAUUCAAGCGUCAGCCAACUCGUAUACAAAUACCUAUGCCUAUACCCACAGCAGCAGUCAACGAAAGAAUGGAAACCCAUCUAAAGUUGCCCCAACAAGCAUGAUGAUGAGCAUGACGGCACUCCUAGAGGAGGACGAGGAAGGCCCGUUCACUCCUCGCAUGGAUGUUUCGCGAAACCUAGAAUCUGACUCGGCGGAAGCAACACACUCCAAUGAUCAAUCUCGAGCGUCGCAGAGCUCCGCCCCCAAUCGUUCAAGGUCGCUGCGUCAUACCUCCCCUGAUUUGCGAAGACGACGAUCGCGAUCUCUUGAGUCGUCCUCCACUAGCUCUGGAAGUACCCCUCGAAACAGAUCCAGGACAACGCAUACCCUGACGGCUGAAGUGCAGGCUUUGACCCUCGCCACGCCUGGCGAGAUACCGAGCAAGGGUACUCAGGGCUACACCUCUUUGGUUCUUCCUCGUGCACCCGCACCAACCACAGCUGCUGGUCUAUCGAAGCAUGACAGUUGGUUCAGUGUUGCUAACGUUGGCGCGAUCGGAUCGAGUGCGGAUGGCAAGAUAGAUCUAACGAGAAGCGGUAUUGCGCAAACGACGAUGGCAACUGUGGAGGUCGUUAGAGGCUUAGGUCUCUCGAGGAACGGGUCGGGUAUUAGGAACGUGCUCAGCACGUUUGGGAGAAGGAGGGCUGUCUCUGGCGGAUUUCCUGCGAAAGUGGGCGCCAGCGCUAGCGCGAGAAGGGGAAGUGUAGAUGAUACUCGCCAAGACGUGCCUCAGCCUGCUUCUGAAGUAGAGGGGACGAUACUCGGUUUUACCUCAUAUCGCUCUCCGCCAAAUUAUGUGCCUAGUCGCGGUGUUCUGAUCCAGGUAUGGGCCGUUGCUGUGGAUGGCGUUGAUGGACGGCUUGUAGGAGUGAGGUUCGGAGCAGAUGGAGUCAGGGUAGAUUACGAUGAAGAGGAGUGUGAGGACCAAGGGAAGGAAGCAUUCGAGAGAGACAAGGCGCAAGAGUCGGAACCAGAAAGGGCGUCAACAAAGAAAAACCCUUUCGCUGCUCUUGGACGUUCCUUGAGCCUGAGUUUAUCGCGUCAUGGGAGUCCCAAGCAGAAUGACCGACAACGUUCGUCGUCUGCUUCUCACAAACCUUCGCCGCCCCGACAGAACCAAAGCCAGCGGGAACAGUCGCGUGAGAGGACUGCGUCCUUUUUGAAAAGGAAUAACACCACAGCAUCCUCUGCCACGACGGCGUCUAAUUCGCUAUCCCAUUCCCCAUCGCAGAGGAGGCAGAAGGCGCCGAAACAAACACGAGCGAAUGUUGGGUAUAUUCCUGGGCGAAGUUUUGUUGGUAGAGUGUUGGAGUGUGGAUGGGAUGUCCGAGACGAGGUAAUUAGGAAGGGAGAAUGGGUCGUUGGGCUGUUGGACGUGCGAAAGUGUGGCGCACUAGCUGAAUUCAUCGUUGUCGAUCGGCAUCGCUUGCAUCGCGUUCCACAUCCCCGGAAAAGCAGCCCAACCCUGGAUUCCAACGCCCCAGCAAGUCCGGUAUGGCUUGCAUCGCCCACUUCGACCCAAGGCAUCCGCAAUCCAGCAACGUUAACUCUCGAGGAACUCGCUUUGCUGCCCUUGUGCGGCUUAUCGGCCUACAGAGCUGUCCGCACUUUUAUGUCCGCUUUUAGCUCGAUAAGAGAUGAACGCGGGACUCCUGCUACAGUCGACCGAAGGAUCGCUGAUUUCGACACGGCGAGCAGUAUUGGGCCAGAUUACUCCAUGACUGUCAGUGCUUUCAGCCACAAGGUGAUGACUGACCAUGACUGUGGCCAUCGACGACGUGUGCUAGUAUUACGAGGCCACGAUGGCGUCGGAGCAAUGGCAGUGCAAAUGCUCGUCCAGCGUGGAUGGCGGGUGUCUGUACAUGUGCCAUUCUCAUCAGUCCCUGCGAAUGCGUCGCAAGCAGCGGGUGACGAGUUCAUGAGGACUGUCGAAGAGCGUGCACGGCUAUGGGGAGCAGAUGAAGUGAUAUUCGAUGAUGGAGAAGAGGGUGGAGGGGUCGAUGAUGGACGUAUGGCGGCAGUUCGGGUCAUUAAUACGCUUUGGGAAGACGGUGAUGUCUUUGACGCUAUUCUGGACACGAUUGGCGGCAAGGAGGUGCGAGAGGCCGGGGAAAGGCUAUUGAGGUCGCAGGGGAAGCAAACGUCGUUAACCCCUGGUAAAGGCCGGACAACGUCUCCUGCGAAAGUAUCUAUCUCAAGCUUGAAUCGCCAUGGGGUCGGCCAGUUCACGACGCUCGUCGGAGACGUGCCAGAAAGAGCCAUUCCCAGCGCUGGUGACAACUUCCGCGCCGGUUUGCGCUCCCUUAGGAUUGGUUCAACCGACAGCCCUAAUGAUUCUCAUGCCAGGAUGGCUGAGCAAGUCAGUGCUGGCGACUUGAAAGGCCCCAGUUCUGGCAGGGUUGGCUAUGCUUGGGUCAGUGUAGUCCAGGACGUCGACUGGGAAGGAAGUGACGUGGGUGAGACUCUGGGAACUGUACUCCGUCUUGCUCUCGAAGAUGGAAUCAGACCGUUCGUUGAGGUCGAGCCCGGAAGAGGUAUGAUGGGCAGACCACGAGUUGUGCCUUUCGAGAAGGCACCAUAUGUCUUCGUGGACAACGGUCCUCUCGGAGAUGGUGGCACAGUCGUUGUGAAAAUUGCAGGAUAA